AUGGCCAGCCGGGUUGCCGCGACGGUAAACGGCGGCGAGGCUGGCGUUGCAGUCUCCGCAGCAGCACCGUCGCAGACGGCGCCUUCUGCGCCGCGCGUUUUUUUAGACCCGCAAAACGACGAGGCAGCGCGGCUGCUGGACGGCAUUGACACCCUUAUUCUAGACUGCGAUGGCGUGCUCUGGACAGGCAGCAAGACCAUAGCAGGGGCGCCCGAGGCUCUGCAGCUGCUGCGGGACCAAGGCAAGCGGCUGCGGUUUGUGACGAACAACUCCUCGAAAUCGCGGGCGCAGUACGUCUCAAAAUUCAGGGGCCUGGGCAUCGAGGCGGACGCGAGCGAGGUCAUGUCCUCGUCCUAUGGCGCGGCCGCCUACCUCCAAAGCAUUGGCUUCGGAAUAUCCCUUCAGCCGGGCAAGAAGGUGCUGCUGCUGGGCCCCGAGGGGGUGGAACAUGAGCUGGCGCUGGCAGGGGUGCCGUUUGUGGCGGCGCGGGGGCUGGGGCUGCCGAUAUAUGACUCGCCGGACGCCAUGCUGCGGAUGGAGGUCGAUACAGGCAUAGGGGCAGUGGUGGUGGGCCUGCGGGAGCUACCCGGCUGCUUUCUGGUGGCGACCAACACUGAUGACUUUGACUACAUCGGGGGCGGCCGCACCAUGCCAGGCACGGGCUGCAUCGUGGCUGCCGUGGAGACAGCUUCGGGCUCCAAGGCGGUCAACGUAGGCAAGGGCGGCCCCUGGCUGUUCCCUUUCCUGUGCAGCAGCCUCGGCCUGGACCCGGCGCGCACAGCGGUUGUGGGGGACCGGCUUGAUACGGACAUUGCGCUGGCCAGGGAGGGCGGGAUGCUGGCCAUACUGCCGCUCACGGGCGUCGCCACAUUGGAUGAUGCGCUCGCGGCGCCACCCUGCAAGGCGCCUGACGCCGUUGUGAGCAGCGUGGCGGCGCUGGCUGGGUUGUGA